AUGGUUUCCAUCAACGACAACUCUGGUCGGUCGGUCCGUUCCGCCAUGAAGACCUUGGCGACCAUCUCCUGUGUGAUCUUCAUCCUCCUUCUGGGCAACGUUUCUACGGUUGAGCAUUUUGGUGCCGUUGCUCACCGUCUCGACAUCCCUGGUUCUGGUCUUCGUCCUGCCGCCAUCCCCCGUGGUAUCAAUGCCGACAACUCUGAUCCAAAGGUCGAUUGCACCACCACCAUCGAUUCUGCUAUGCCCACUCCUUCAGCUCCUUCCGUCACUGAUACCGCGGAUGUCGUUCGUGGCACCUCGUCGACCACUGUGACUCAGAUCUCCUCCACCGAGACCAUGACUAUGGUCGUGCCAUGCCCCUCGCAGCAGACCAUGACCGUGACAGUCACUACCUACGCGACCCAGGAUGGCACGACUACGAUUUCGUGCGGUGUCACUUCCCAGACGGUCACAGUUCGCACUUCAACUUCGACCUCGUUCCGGACCGUGACUUCGACUUCAAUCGAGACCGUGAUCGAGACUAAGACAGCAUACACGACCAUCACAGUCUACCCUGUUGGCAGCACCGGUCUUACCACCGUUAGCAUCAUCGAGACUACCACCAUCGGCAGUACCAAAACUACCACCAUCGCGAGUACUGAGACAACCACACUCGCUAGUACUGAGACGACCACUGUUGCUACCACCGAGACAGCCACCGUUGGUAGCACCGAGACGACCACUGUUGCCAGCACCGAGACAGCCACUGCUACCAACACCGAGACAACCACUGUUGCCAGCACCGAGACAACCACCGUUGGUAGCACUGGGACCACUCCCGUUGGGAGCACCGAGACCAUUACCGUUGGCAGCACCAAGACGACCACGAUUGCCACAACCGCACAGCUGACGACUGUUGUGACGCCAGAACCCUCGGGCUACCUGCCCCAGGGCACCGGCACGGGGGCUUCAGCGUCGUGGUACAUGACUGGCACCGGGGCCUCUGCGUCGUGGUACGUGAGCCAGUCCGCCAACGGCACAUUCUCGGCGGGCAUGCCGUCGGCUUCCAUUGUGACCUCGGCAGCUGACACCGCUUCUGUGAGCGGCCGUGGUGUGAUGUUUUACUUUGUUGUCAUGGCCGCUGUGAUUUGGGAUGGUGGAUAAUAAUGGGGUUUACUUUUCCCUGCUUGCCGGGGACAUGGGGCGUACAUCAAGAAUGUCUUAGUUUAAGG